GUACGUCUGCAACAACCGUUACGAAUGCCCUUGAUCGUUUCCCCGACGAGUUGGAAGUGCGUUCAGACGGUUCUACACGGGUCGUUGGCGUUUCUCUGUGUUCUUUUUAACUCUAUGGUUUUAGACACUCUCCGGGAACGGAUUCGGUUCACACUUGUAUGACAUUGUCGCCUGUUUCUUUCUUAGACCAAGAUGAAUUUUUCUGCCAGCAGUGAUUACUGUGGUGACGCCCGGAUUAGUCAACAUACAGUCAUAACGCACAACAAGAAGAAGCUGACAUUUUCACCCGAGGAUACCGUGCUAGACGCCGGAUGUGGUACCGGUGAAGAUACCAAAUUAACGGCGCUCAAAGUCGGCAAAGUCACAGGAAUUGAUCCGUCCAAAGAAAUGUUGGACUUUGCUAUGAAAAAUAAUUCCUCCUCCAACAUUACAUAUCUGCUGGAAGACGCACAGACUGUCGGUGACAAUCCUGAUCUGCGCGGGAAGUUUGACAAAGUUGUUUGUUUUCAUGUUCUCCAUUGGGUUCCUGACGUCAUCAAGGCACUUAGGAGCAUUUGUGACUGCCUGACACCGGGAGGGGAAGCUCUAAUCAUCAUGGACAACCAGUAUGACAACUUCGUACCAUUUGAGGCGGAUCGGUUCUUGGAAGAUCAUAUCAAAUGGGGUCAAUACACAAAGGGCUGUAAAACUGCGAUUCGAUUGUGGAAUAAAUCUAUACCAGCCACUGAGGAUGUACUCCGAUCGUGUGGUUAUGCAAAUGCCCAUUGUGAGGUUCAGGAACACGUCAUAGACCUAUCUGAGAAGCAAAUGAAAUUGUUUUUCAAGACGAUAAUGAAGCAACUUUCCAAGAUUCCCGAGAAUGAACGAGAGGAAUGUCUAGAAGACUUGUGGGUCUGGGUGCAGACUCUCUUCCAACCAUCACUCGGGGGCCAGACUGGAAGUAUCGCAGUCCCAAAGUGGUUCAUGGUUAUGCAUGCAAAGAAAUGAACACAGAGGAUUGAAAUAGUCCAGCCUACCGUGAUGGCCGACGAAAGGUGUUUGAUAUCUAUCAACCAAUUCCAUGGCCAGGCCCUUUUCGAAUCCAAGUCUUUUUCUUUGGAUUCGGCUUCAGGCUUUCGCUCGGCCCCAGC